AUGGCUCCGAAACCGGGAGAAGGGCACGACGAACCCGGAAUUUCGGGAACUGAGGCUUCAGAAAAGACGAUGUCGUAUGAAUUGGGUCUCUUAGAGCAAUGCUAUAAGAUCGAGUGUACAAACAACCGCCAACCGACCGGCAGCCGACAACCAAACGACAGCCGAAAACCGACCGACCGCGCGGACUUCCUCGAGGAGUUGAAGCAGAAGUGCGUGCACAGAUGCAGGGAAAAUUGGCAUGAGAACGGAUUGAGUGAGGCAGAAUGCGAGACGCUGGAGCGCAAACUCGAGAAGGAAAUUGUGGAGUUGGAGAAACGGGUUGCUGAAGUAAGCAAGGUUGAGGCGAGCCAAACCACUGCUGAAGAAGACUACCGGACGCUUCUGGAGGCGCAAGCACGCUUUAAAGCCAAGAUGCUUGAUGGUCUAUUCGGGUGCACUCGCCAAGAAGACCAGCGUGGAUUCUUGCGCAUCUACUCCGGGCUUCUCGGCAAUCAUACAAGCAACAACUCUUUCAUUCUUGAUGCUCCAUCACAUCAACCCUUCAUUAAAAAAUUGGCCAAAGUCCAGAGCUAUAUCGAAACAUGGUCCCAAGAUAUCUAUGCGACGAAGGAUUAUCUUGAGCUGGGAAUGAAAGUCGCUGAUUUUCUGACCAACAAAGCCCCGCAAAUUGGAGCCUCGACCGUUCAGGUCAUACGAGAGGCCAGCAUCCUUGUUGCCGUCAACAAAACGCUAGAAGUUUUUCUUCAGAAAAUUAAGAACACGACGUACGAAGCCUUUCAUCACGACUGUGGAACUGCCGAAAAAGAAGGGCUCGAAAAGGUUCAUAAAAUGGUGAAGGCCUCGGAUUUCGAGGAAGCCGCCGCGUUAUUCAGGGAAAAGUCGAAGGAGAUAGCAACGGGGAAGUUUUACGAACUAAAAGCUGCCGAAGACGAACGUCUAGGGCAACAAAUAUCAGGCCAAUUCCUAUCGUCAGAAAUGGAGAAGAUCACAUCGAACUUCAUUGUCGCGCGCUACGAGCAAAUGCGGAAUUUACAAUUGAAUUUUGUUGUGGCCAACGCGGAUCGAGAUAUGCGGAUCGAGAUGGAAAAGAAUACAGCUCAAUCGCUUGCGGAACGAUUUGUGGCGGACCGGGAGAGCAAAUCAAAAUUGGAAAAACUGCAGGCUGACUACGAAGCGCAUACCAAGCGCGAAAUCGCAUUGGCAAUGGAACCGGGACAACGACCAGACGAAGAAAGUGAUGUAGAAUCGGAUAUCACGGAAAUUGAACGCUACGAAGACCUAUUGGAGGAUCCGCAAACUCAAUACCACCCGGACAUUUCGGCGUUGCCGUCGCAGGCUUGGCAUGCUGGGAGAGAUGAGAUGUGGAGAGAACUGGCGAUUCUAAAGCAUUGCUAUGAGAAGGGAGACGUGCGAGACGAGGCGACGGCAAAAUACUUGAGUGACCAGUGCCUUAAACGAUGUAACGCUUUCUGGAACUUGAAGGGAUACGAGGGCAUGGAUCUGCUAGCGCUUGAGGGUGAACUGGAGGCCGCCAUCGUACGCUUGGAGCAACGACCGCCGCCAAAUGUCGCUGCGACCAAAAGCUCCUACAACCGGUCCUCAAUCAUUGCAACAGUGCUCGCGAUGCUGGCGUGGGUUUACGCGUUUGUUUCCUACCGAACUCCCGGGGAUACGACCACAGAAAUUCAAUCUGAAUCUCGCAAUAAUCCGAGCGCUCCCGAACAAACGACGAUUAUUGACCUGACCAAAGCUGCUGAUGGAAUU